UGCUGUCUUAAAGCCUUGGUAUCUAUUCUGCCACAGUGCCGCCCCCUUGCUUCAAGUCGGGCGUAGUCGGGAUAGGUAGCCUUGCGGUCUUUUUUCGCAAAGCAUCUGGUUAAUCUUUUGCUCUUUUUCGGAAACAAUUUGUUAUUAGUUGAUGCGCAUGCGUCUCGUUCCAUCAAUCGAUUCCAUCUCCUCUGCCAUUGCCUUAAGAGUUGAUUUCGUUUCCGGUGACUAGCGUGUGAUGUUGUGGCGGCUCAAUUCGACGGUUAAUCUGUAUUCCGAGGAUAUUGUGUAAAUUUCAACGAGGGUUGAGACGGUUUUGAUGACAACGGUGAGUAGGGCUUUGAGGUUGCGAGUAGGUUGCAGGACAGGAAAGCGGAGAGCCUGAUCAGAGGAGGCUCGAGGUUCCCUGGGAGACAGUCUAGAGGUGUAGGGUGAAGUGUCGAGGAGAGGAGCUGGCUUAGAGGUUGAGGCAGUUGAAUUGGUGGCUUCGUUUGGAGGAGUUGAGGUGGCAGGCCUGGCGGAAUUGGUGGAAGUGUGCGAGUUGGACUGAACCAGGGUCGUUGAGUUUUAGGAGAGAGGCGGAAUUCGGAGUGGUGCAGUGGUCGGGGAGUUUUGCAGUGAAUAAUCAGGCGAGUGGCGGCUUGUGGGAUUGGAUGGAAUUGAAUUUGUAAGGUGCGACGUGAUGGGGCAGAAAAGGAGUUCAAGGUGAGUGUGCAAGAGUUGGAGGAGAUGACCUCAGGGAGAGAGAUGACAGGGUAAAGAAGACGGAGAAUAAGGGCUUUUAGGUUUGAGGUAAGAGCAAGGAGGACAUGGUGGGAGUAGACCAGGCCGUCGGAGGCGACUCUGGUCUUCACCCCGUCUGUAUGUUGCUAUGGGCUUGGGUGACGACAAUGACGAUGCUGCUGUCCUUUUCGGUGUGUGCAUGGCACAGACGACGUAUGCAACGUAUGCGAGAAGCUGGAGAUUUAGCUGCAGCUAUUCGACUAUCCAUGAAUGACAAUCAGCAACAAAUCGUCGUCAAUAUUCCCCCUGGCGCUAUCCCUGCUCCAAUUGUCAGAAUUGAUAGCUCACGUACUCAGGAUGCCAGAGUCUCACCUGCAGCUGAUGUGCCCAGCAUCAAGAUUAUACAUGAGCUCAAGGACAGCUUGAGUAUCGGCUCACUCUUCAAAAUGAAGCGCGACUGGCUGGCGAGAGAACUGUCUAAAGGAAAGGAUGGUAGCAAGGGUAAACCCUCUCCUGCAAGGCAUGAGCGGAGGCUUUUGCAGAUUGUUGUGCGUAGAGACCACGUUUUCCAGGAUUCUUACCUGCAGUUCGCAUCCCUCAGUGAUGACGAUUUGCGGAAUCCCCUGUCGAUUCAUUUUGUUGGAGAGGUGGGACGGGACGAUGGAGGUGUCACCCGCGAUUGGUACAGUGUGCUCGCGAAAGAGAUAUUCAAUCCACAAUAUGCGCUAUUUACUCAUAGUGCAGUGGAUGACUACACAUUCCAGAUCAAUCCAAAUUCAGGCAUCAACCCUGAUCAUCUGGACUUCUUCCGAUUCAUUGGCACAAUAGUUGGCAAGGCUCUAUACGAUGGUUGUCUUUUUGUUGCCCAUUUUACCAGAUUUGUAUACAAACAGAUUCUGGAUGAACCAGUUACUUAUCAUGACAUGGCCUCUGUCGACGUGCAGUUUUACGAGAGCCUUUGUUGGCUUCUUCAGAACAAAUUGGAAGGCAUGGACUUGGGUUUGACCUUCUCUGUUGACACGGAUAAUUUUGGCUCCUAUGAAGAAAUUGAGCUCAAGAAGAACGGAAAAGAAAUAGCUGUAACAGAGCAAAAUAAGCGAGAGUAUGUCGAUCUGUUGACAAGCUGGCGUCUGAAAGAAAGUGUAGAAGCGCAAUUCGGAGCAUUUCGAAGUGGAUUAUCUCGGAUAGUAGACCCAGCUCUUCUGCAGCACUUCGAUGAGGCAGAGCUCGAAUGGCUUAUUGGGGGGCUGCCAACUAUCAAUGCUGGUGAUUGGAGGAAAAACACGGUAUACAAGGCAGGGUUUAGUGACUCUCCCGACUGUCAUGUAAUUAGGUGGUUUUGGCAGUUGGUUGAAUCUUGGGAUCAGGAAAUGCGGGCAAGGCUCCUGCAGUUUGUUACUGGCACAUCGAAGGUUCCGUAUCCUGAAGGUUUCAAGGGUUUGCGAGGUAGCGAAGGAUUAAGAAUGUUCCACAUUGUUCGCGUUUCAGACUCCACAAGGUUACCGCAGGCGCAUACAUGCUUCAACGAACUGAUACUACCCGACUAUGAUUCAUAUGAAGAAUUACAAAGGAAUCUUAAUACUGCCAUCUUUGAGACAGGAAACCAGUUCCAGCUUCGUUAGUCGUUGUCCAUGAAUUACUUUCUCGUCCUUGAUUUGAUAAGGCAUUAGCGUCAGCGCAAUUUUAUGCAGCGCAAUUGGUCAUGGUUACCCAGAGCUGGAUUGAAGAUACUCUGGCAAAGGUUCCACUGUAUAACAGCCAGUGACAAGUUAACGGUCAAUGCGGAUGUGUGUUGGUUAAGAUUUCAACGCCCACAUCCUUUUUCGUUUUUUUUUUUUUUUUUUUUUUUUUUUCUGUCUACGAAUAUGUAGGCCGACGGGCAACUGAGAUUGAAUACGAGUUAUCAAAUAGAGGACUUGACAAACAAGUCCUAUUCUUGGAUUUGCAGUUUUCUGCAAACCUAAUCAACAAUGUUCGUAGAAGUCGCCAAUUAUUACACAGCUAUUCUAUGCCGUUAAAACUUUUUUUCGGAGAGUUUAGAUGAUACCUGUACUGAUUACAGUUCUUGUUGUGGAUCCCUAUCUGUACACAUCCUGUUAUAAAGAAUUACGGUUUUCCUGAUG